AUGGCGUGGUUGAUGUACUUUGUGUUUUGGAUGUUGUUGGUGAUGAAUGGUGGUGCGACGGUGGUGACAGAUGAUGAGCAUCAUAAGGGAGUUACGAUGAAGAAAAUUAGAAAUAGGAACGCGUACGCGACAAUGAUGUAUAUGGGGACGCCAAGAGACUACGAGUUCUACGUUGCUAUUCGAGUCAUGUUACGAUCUCUUUCAAGGGUUCGUGUUGAUGCUGAUCUUGUUGUCAUUGCUUCCAUGGACGUUCCUCUUGAUUGGGUUCAUGCUUUGGAACAAGAAGAUGGGGCAAAAGUAGUGAGAGUUGAGAACCUAAAUAACCCAUACAUAAGUGAUAUGCAUCAUAACAGAUUCAAAUUAACACUAAACAAGAUCUACGCAUGGAACUUAGUCGAAUACGACAGGGUUGUUAUGCUUGAUGCCGAUAAUCUUUUUCUCCAAAACACGGACGAACUCUUUCAAUGUGGCCAGUUUUGCGCGGUCUUCAUUAACCCUUGCAUCUUCCAUACCGGUCUUUUUGUGUUACAACCAUCAGAAAAAGUUUUUAAAAACAUGUUACACGACAUAGCUACCGUGAGAGAUAAUCCAGACGGCGCUGAUCAAGGUUUUAUCGGAGGCUAUUUCCAUGACCUUCUUGAUCAACCCAUGUUCCAUCCACCAUCUAAUGGUACCAAACUUGAUGGUCACUUUAGACUCCCUUUGGGUUACCAAAUGGAUGCCACUUAUUAUUAUCUUAGAUUAAGAUGGAACGUACCAUGUGGACCAAACAGUGUGAUCACAUUUCCGGGUGCAUCAUGGUUAAAGCCGUGGUACUGGUGGUCAUGGCCCGUUUUACCUCUUGGCAUCCAAUGGCAUGAACAACGACGACAUACUCUAGGGUAUGAUGGAGAGAUGCUUUCGGUACUAAUCCAAGCUAUUAUCUACCUAAGCAUUAUACCAAUCAGUCGUUUGAUUCGCCCAAACCUUACCAAGUUGUGCUAUCGACCUGCAGACAAAAACAUAAUGACCCUCAUCCAAACAAGCCUUAAGGCAAUAGGCAUUAUGUUUAUAUCCUAUACACUCCCAUUUUUGCCAAUCCCUCAUACAAUCCAUCCAAUAUUAGGGUGGGGUUUAUACUUGCUAGGUUCCUUUGCACUCUCAUGUUUAGCCAUCAAUGCCUUUCAUCUGCCAAUACUACCUGUCUUGACGCCUUGGCUUGGUAUCCUAGGAGUCCUUUUCGUUAUGGCUUGCCCGUGGUAUAAUGAUGGCGUUGUGAGGGCAUUGUCGAUUUUUGCAUAUGCAUUUUGUGCGGCGCCGUUUUUGUGGACUUCAUUGGGAAGAAUUGUAUCAUCCCUUCAAACGUCACUCGAAAGGGAAGGUUUUUUGCCAACUAGACUCAGUGAUUCGACUCUGCCAAACGGUUUCAACAAGUUGUAUUGACAUCAACCGUUGUAUUAGUUAGAUAAAUAGGGACUGGAUUUAUUUAAGUAUAUGUAGCCAUGUAGGUAUUUCUCUUUUUCCUUUUUUCUUUUUGGUGUGAAUUGAGAACAUUUGUAAACAAGAGUGGUGUAAUUAAGGUACUAUUUUUA